ACUCAAUUCCACCAUUCCCCUCUUCCUCACUUCCAUAUAAAUACCACCUCUGCCCCAACAAUCCUCUUCACAACUCAAACCAAAAAACCCUUCCUCCCCUGUUUUCCCUCCCUUAAUCUCCUCCCCUCCAAGAUAAACCCUAAAUCUCAAAAUGGGUACCUCCUCCUUUCAUCAAAGUCUGCUCAUUUCUAUGGCUGUGCUAGCCACAAUGGUCGGGUCUGCCGUCGGCGGCAACUUCUACCAGGAUUUCGAUCUGACGUGGGGAGGGCAGAGGGCCAAGAUAUUCGGCGGCGGCCAAAUGCUGACUCUGUCUCUUGACAAGACCUCCGGCUCUGGGUUUCAGUCCAAGAAGGAGUACUUGUUCGGCCGGAUCGAUAUGCAGCUCAAGCUCGUCGCCGGCAACUCCGCCGGGACCGUCACCGCUUAUUACCUGUCAUCUCAAGGCCCAACUCAUGACGAAAUCGACUUUGAAUUUCUGGGAAAUGUGAGCGGCGAUCCUUACAUACUGCACACAAAUGUGUUCACUCAGGGGAAAGGAAACAGGGAGCAGCAAUUUUACCUCUGGUUCGACCCAACCAAGAACUUCCACACCUAUUCCAUCAUCUGGAAGCCUCAACACAUCACGUUCUUGGUGGACAACACUCCGAUUAGGGUAUUCAACAACGGCGAGAACAGGGGAAUUCCGUUCCCCAAGAACCAGGCGAUGAGGAUUUACUCCAGCCUUUGGAAUGCGGAUGAUUGGGCGACGCGUGGCGGGUUGGUGAAGGCUGAUUGGUCCAAGGCGCCAUUCACUGCUUACUACAGGAACUUCCAGGUCACCCCUGUUUCUUCCUCCAGGUCUCGUAGCAGCGGCGAGUUUGGGAAUGGAGACUGGCAGUCGAAUGCGUUGGAUGCGAGUGCGAGAAGGAGGCUGAGAUGGGUUCAGAAGAACUUCAUGAUCUAUAACUACUGUACCGAUUUCAAGCGCUUCCCGCAAGGCCUUCCUACCGAGUGCAAAUGAUUUGAUUAAUGGUGUUUAUUAGACUUUUUCAAGGCUCUUUUCCAGUUUGUACUUUGUAUAGUCUAUGUGGAACCAAAUUGUUUUCUUUUGUUCAUUUCCGAAAAUAAAUUCCACUUGUAAUUGAUGUAUUUUCUCCUUUAAUUCAGUGUCUAUAUUGCAAAUUUGCAAGAAAAAAAAAUU